AGAGGGUUGGUCCUCUGAAGUUUGAACAGGAAAGACGCGGCUAAUACGAAGGCUGUCAGUAAGUGGGUUAGUGGGGAGCCUCUGGGUCCAGUAAGGAAAGAGAGUCUUGGCUUUGAUAUUUAAGAUAGUAGUUCGAUGGUCUCCCACAAUAUGUCAAAGACUCAGUUUCUUUGUCUGUAGAAUGAGGAUAAUAAUAGCUACCGUGAAGGUUUGAAAUUACAAGAACGGAAUCUAGUUCACCACCCACUGCCCAUAUCCAGUGCUACACAGAUCUGAGGUUGUUCACAUUUUUGAGAGAAUAGGCCUAGUUUGUGGCUCAACAUGUCAGUUAUAACGGUGCAACUUGGUCAGUGUGGCAAUCAGAUAGGUUUUGAAGUGUUUGAUGCUUUAUUUAGAGACUCACACUGUUCCCAGGGACUCUGCUCUAAGAGAGAGAAUGAAGCCUAUCAAGCGUCUUGUAAAGAAAGAUUCUUCAGUGAGGAGGAAAAUGGAGUUCCAAUUGCCCGUGCUGUGCUUGUUGACAUGGAACCUAAAGUUAUCAAUCAAACACUAUCAAAGGCUGCCCAGUCUGGCCAAUGGAAAUAUAGCCAGCAUGCAAACUUUUGUCAGAAACAAGGUUCUGGAAACAACUGGGCAUACGGUUACUCUGUUCAUGGACCCAGGCAUAAAGAAUCAAUAAUGAACUUAAUCCAGAAGGAAGUGGAGAAGUGUGACUCUUUGAGUGGAUUUUUCAUCAUAAUGAGUAUGGCUGGGGGCACAGGAUCGGGGCUAGGAGCCUUCAUUACACAGAAUUUACAAGAUCAGUACUCAAACUCUUUGAAAAUGAAUCAGAUUAUAUGGCCUUAUGGAACUGGUGAGGUUAUUGUUCAGAACUACAACUCCAUUUUGACGCUUUCUCACUUGUACCGAUCUUCCGACGCCCUCCUCAUUCAUGAAAAUGAUGCUCUCCAUGAGAUCUGUGCAAAACUAAAGAAUAUCAAGCAGAUCUCCUUCAGUGAUAUAAAUCAAGUCCUCGCACAUCAGCUGGGAAGUGUAUUCCAACCUACUUACUCUGUUGGAGGCUCACAUCACUACAGAAGAAACCCACUAGGAGACUUAAUGGAGAAUUUAGUUCCCCAUCCUGAGUUCAAGAUGCUGAGUGUUCGUAGCAUUCCUCAUAUGUCUGAGAAUUCACUGGCAUAUAGCACAUUUACUUGGGCUGGCCUCCUCAAGCGUUUGAGACAGAUGCUCAUUUCUAAUGCAAAAAUGGAAGAAGGUAUUGAUUGGCAGAUACGGCCUCCUUUAUCGGGACUUCCUCCUCUUGGUAAAAUGUAUGUCAACAAGGAGCUUCAUUUUAACACUUCCAUUGCUAACUUGGUCAUCCUUCGUGGGAAAGAUGUGCAAAGUGCAGAUCUGGAGAGAUUUAAAGAUCCUCCUCUGUAUACUGCCUGGUUACGGCCUGACGAUGCUUUCAGCGCGUGGAAAACCCAGCGCACCUUUAACAAAUAUGAGAAGUCUGCAGCACUGGUCAGCAACAGCCAGUUUUUAGUAAAACCACUUGAUACGAUUGUGGGCAACGCAUGGAAAAUGUUUGCUUCCAAAGCCUAUAUUCAUCAGUAUACAAAAUUUGGAAUUGAAGAAGAGGACUUUUUGGACAGCUUCACAUUAUUAGAGCAGGUUGUUGCCAGUUACUGUAACCUCUGAUCUUCAGUGAAGGGGAAAGGAGAGAAUGUUGUCCAUGCAAGAAUGAUGACCUGGGAGCCCCUCUGGGCUUUAAACACUGAACUGUGUCCUCGCUGACUCCGUGCGCUCUGUAGACUUGACUUUGCAGUGUAUAUACCAGCGAUUCUUUUCCUGACCACCAUGUUUAUCACACUUGAUUUCCUGUCCAAAAUUUUGUUUUAAAACAGGCUCCAUAUGUCCUGUCCCACCAUUCUCUCCCCAUGAGUGCAAGGUUUGGCAGUCAGCUCUUUCUGUGAUGCCAACAAUGUACCAAAUGUGGCUCUACUCAGCAGCUUGUCAUCUUGGGCAAUCAUUUAUUUUCAUUUAAAACAUAUUUGCUUAUCUGUAUCAAUCCCAUUGUUUCCUAUGAGUUUCAGGGAUGUGAGCUUUUAUAUUUUUAACUAACUUCCUAGUCUUAUACCCUAAUAUGUCUCAGAUGAUGCAAUGCAGCCUUCUUAAUAUCAAUAGAUAGAAUCCCAUUUCCGCUAGUACAAAUGCUUGCACAAAGAGUUAAGAUAAACAAUGGAACUAUGUCCCCAUUUCUGGGAAACACAGUGGUGUGUCACUGUAGGAGAAAACAUUUCAUUCAAACUAUAGAAAAGGAAAAGUUUUAAUCAUUUAGACUCUAGGGAGCCAAUGAAGCAGGAAGAGAUGAAAAGUAAGGCCAGGGGAACUGAUACUGCCCCCAAAGCACUGCUAACUUUGUUGAAAAGAAUUUAUUAUUAUUAUGUUAAUUUAUUUUCAGAAUCUGUUAUAGGACAUGGGCGCUCACCAGAGAGAAGCAGAGAAAGUGAGAAAGCAAGCCAUCAGGUCUGGAACUUGAACCAUGGUCUGCCAUGUGAGAGUCCAGCACUUUAUCAUCAUGUCACCUGCUGUCCCCAGUGCUAACAACUUUUAGGUAUUCAAAACAGGCUUGAUGGUUUUUGAAUUAUAAACUUUACCUAAUGAUAAAAUAUCUUACCUAAUGAUAAAAUAUCUAAAAAUAGGGCUAACCCAUGGCCUUCUAGUGAAGAGAGCUGGAACUCACAUGGCAAAUCGUAUGGUUCGAGUCCUGAACCCAGUGGCUUUAAAGACAUGCCAGGUACAUGUGUA